CCAUGUGUGAUGUAGCUGUAUAGCUCUCUCGGUUUUCAAAUUGUUUCAAUUCUCGUGUAAUCCUUAAAGGCCAUUUGAUUGCAAAGUAUUUCUUCUGAUAGAUGCGUUCUACUCAGCCAAGCGCUAUGAGGUUGAAGCAGGUAAUUAUGUAUGGCGAUACACCGUUUCUUCCCGAAGAAAUCAUCAGAAACAUUCUCAAACGACUUCCGAUAAGAUCCCUAAUCCGAUUUCAAUGUGUCUCCAAACAUUGGAAACAUCUCAUCAAAACCACAUCUUUCGUCGAAGAACAUCUCCGCCACUCCAAUCAUCAGAGCCCGACUCUUAUUUUCCAAGGGCGUUCUCCAACUGAUUUUUCGCAGUCGCACUUUUAUUUGCUCGAUAACGAGAUGCAACUCCAUGAAGUUCAAAGCGCACCUCUGAUUGAUCUCUCUUGGGAUGGCUGGAUCAUCGGUUCCAGCAAUGGCUUGCUCUUGCUCAGUGCCAGACUUAAUUAUGCCCAUCGUUCCAUGGUAUUGUGGAAUCCAGCAAGUAGGCGGGUCAGACUGGUGGCUAAAGUUGUUAAUUCUUUUCUGAUGGGAUUUGGGUUCAGUUCAAUUGUUAACGAUUACAAGAUUGUGUGUAUUAGAGUUUCUGAUUUAUUUGUUAAUCAAGUAAAAGAUUAUUCAUUAAACACAGGGCAAUGGAAGGAAGUACAAUUUGGGAACUUAGAUGGUGUAUAUAUUAAAUCUCAACCUUUCAGUACUAACAGAGCUAUCUUUUGGUUUGGGAUUAAUCUAAAUGUGGAGCAGAGGGAUGAAAAUCGACAUGUGUUAGUUUCAUAUGACAUGGCGAUCGAAGUAUUUACGUUGAUACCAUUACCUAUUUCAGCCCCUAAAUCACUUGAUUCACAACACACCAGGCUUACUAUGCAUGAGAAUAAACUUGCUAUGCUUUGUCACACUACCAUUGGAAACUUUGAAUCUUCUUUGAUAGAUUUGUGGGUGAUAGAGGAGGGUACAGAUCCAUCUGGGGGAAGAUGGAGUUGGACUAAGAAAUAUAGUGUCAACCACCCUCCCUGGUUACUUCCCGAGACUAUUUGGAGGAACGAAAUGGUCUGCCAUUUUGUUGCAAUGCCUGGACGUAGUGCAGCUGGAUUUAAAGUGAAGGAUGAUGAAAGAAAUGUCGUUAUGAUCAAUCUCACUGCCAAUGAAUCUAAGAUGUUUGCUAUCCACAAAUAUGUCAUUAGCCCUUGUAUUUUGAAUUAUGUGGAAAGCCUUGUACCUGUUGGCAACGGGGACUGCAAUGAAGAGCUUUGAUACUGAAUCUUAACUAUCAUGUUGCAUAUUUACAGGCAAGCUAUUUUCCUGGAGAAGAACCCAUAAUGAUUAAGAUAAUUUUGUUUCUAAAAAGCUUUAUGUCCUUUAGAGAUUUUAUCUUGAAUGGUAUGUAUGUAUUCAAUGCCAGAUGUUUGUAGCUUUGUGUGACCUGCCCAUCUGUGAUAUCAGGUUCAGUUUUCUUUCAAAAAUGGAUGUAUUAUUUAGUUGCUUUGGCGUGGAUUUUUGGAGACAUUUUGAUCAGGUAAUGUACCAAUGAUUUUUAGUUACACGGUUUUAUGUCAAUAGUUUUCCAGCUUUCAAGAUGUUGUGUGCUUUUUGGAUCAUUUGUGGAUUAAAAGAAUAUUUCCUCUGAGAUUUUUGUGAAGUUCACUGUACAAAGUCUAUGUUAAUUUUUUUUUUUUAUCCGUUCAAUUUCUUUUUUUAUCUUCUUGGUGCCUAACAUAAAUUUUUGUCCUUAUCAUUUCAAUUUCUUCUUCAAGACUUUCUGUUUUUUUUCCCUCUCAUCAUUACUUAAUGCAUACCACACACAAUUUUUUCGCUUCCUUAUCUGAAUGCCCAGUUGCUUAAUCCGAUCACUUACUUUGUCAAUAAUAGUGAGACUAGAAAUUCAUUCCACAGGGUUGUAUGGAAAAAAAACAUCUGUACAUCAGUUUCCACUUUGUAAAUGCCUGAUAUUUUGCAGUCCAAUUACUUUUUUUGCAUAAUCUUUUACGGUGAUGAAAUUAGAAAGAGCUUCAGAUUUGCGUUUCGUUUGAUACUGCCAACUGUACUUACGAGAGGCUUCAACAUAGAGGAUCUAGUAUGGGGAACGAUAUGUAGAAGGGGCUUGAGUUGAAUGGUGAAAAAAUGAGGUUGAAUGGCUUCGAGAACACUGUAUUUAUAAAAGACGAAGUUUGUUUAUGGGAUUUGAACCGUGCCAGGUCAUUGAAUGGUCUUGAAUAACUUCUAUAGUAGAUGAAUAAAAUUGGUGUCCCAGCAUUCUGAAGCUGCUGAUGCAAGAACCAUGGAGGCUGAUAAUGCUCUGAGAUUUUGAACAUGGAGGUGAUUAGAGUUAAUGUUGAUGGAGCAUUUGAUGGUAAGUCUCAGUCUGCUAGAGUAGGAUUUGUUGUGCGAAAUUCUGUUGGUAUUUGUUUGGCAGCUAUUGGUAAGCCUACUGAUCCUGUGUCUAUUCAAAUAUGAAGCCGAGGCUAUGCUGGCUGGUCUGUCAUGGGGUAGUGAGAAUGGAUUUAGUUAGGCAUAUUAUUGUUGAAUCUGAUUGUUUUCCUCUAGUGCAGAUUGUUAACUAGAAGCAAAAUUGCCCUGAAUGGGAUUGUCUGACAUAAUUGGAGCUUGUCAUUAAUCUUGAAAGAUCGUUGAGUUUUUGUAGCUUCAAA